AUGUACCGAACACACGCACAAAAUACAGAUGAUGAUGUCCGUACCUGCGUCUACGUAGAAAUGAUGGAGAAAGUAGAGGGUGGUGUAUACAAGUUUGAGCAGGGAUAUACACUUGGAAAUGACAGUGAAACACUAACAAUUGAGACGUUGUAUGCAAGUACAUAUAAGACUGCGAUAAUUACUACGGAGCGUCAGAAAGACAACGCAAUGCGUGUGCAUAAAGAUCCUAAUUCCACAACGGGGUCGGAGUACCAGCUCAUUUUCUCUGACUAUGAAAAAUGUGAUAUCCUUCGUGUACUUCAUGGAAAUGGGGGUGCCGAUUGCGAGCUUUAUGUUCACGACGCAGUUGUUGAUGACGGGGGACUUUCUGCUUGUGAGGAUAUGUAUGAGGAUGCCUGUGGAGGCGAUGACUGGAGGUACGCGGAACUGGUGUACCAUGAGUCAUGCAAAACUCAAACUGCAGCUGCAACAGCAGCCCCCUCAACCACAGCAGUUCCUCCGGAAUGCUGA